UAUCAGAGAAUAAACUGAGGCCACACGGGGAAGAAGACCGAGAGGAGAGGCAGUGACACAGAGGCAGGAUUCAGUGUGUAGCAGCCAGUCAUCAUCUUCCAGCCUCUGAGCCAAUCAAGAGCCACAGUCUAUUUAGAUUCUCAGUGUGUUCACAGGGAAAGAGAGUUAUAGAAUCGCAGGGUGAAAGAGUGGAAGUGAUUGUUUCUUUGGAGCGGCACAGCUCUCCCUCUCUUCUUUCUCAUUUGCUGAGACGUGCCGGGUGAGAACAGAUGGACAAGAUGAACCACAGCUCAGCUGAGGCAGAGACUGAAACCAUAGAACCACUGCGUUACCUCAGUAAAGGGGAGGCCGCCGCUAUUGAGACAGAGCUACUGAGGGACUACAGGUUUGGACAACAGCAGCUGAUAGAAAUCUGGGGACAAGCAUGCGCUCUCGCCAUCACUAAGGCCUACCCUCUCAACUCUUUAGCAAAGAAGCAACCAACAGUGCUGGUGAUCUGUGGUCCAGAUCAAAAUGGCUCCAUUGGCCUGGUGUGUGCCCGCCACCUGCGCAUAUUUGAAUAUGAGCCGACCAUCUACCAUCCUAAACGCUCCUCGCACAGUCUACACCAGGAUUUCACGGUUCAGUGUGAAAAGAUGGACAUUCCUUUCCUCUCCUAUCUCCCCACAGAGGUGCAACUCAUCAACGAUGCCUACAACUUAGUGAUUGACGCCAUGCUGGGCCCAGAUGCAGACUGUGCCAAUAUUAAGGAGCCUUACCCUGGUAUUCUGGCCACUCUGAAGCAAGUCAAGAUCCCCAUUGCCAGUGUGGAUGUGCCCUCAGGUUGGGAUGUAGAAGAGCCAAGUCAGGACGGGAUAAACCCAGAAGUUCUCAUCUCACUCACAGCACCAAAGAAGUGCUCCAUGAGUUUCUCGGGGAAGCACUUCUUGGCCGGACGUUUCCUGCCCUAUGACAUCCAGAAGAAAUUUGAGCUUAACCUCCCAGACUACCCUGGCACAGACUGUCUCAUCGAAUUGUAACACAUGGGAAACAUGAGAGCCAGUGUGGCCACACCUCAUUUUGACAAAGUUAAUCAACUUGUUUUGUUUUGUAUUUUAUAGAUUGUUACUGUGACCUAAUGUUCCCACCUCAGUUGUGUAAAACAAGUUACGUCUUAGCCAAAUGUGCUGUUGAGCUACAGUAGAAGGAUGAUAUUUAGAAAAUUGUGGUUUGAGUCGUGUCUCUUUAGGGAAUGGAAUAAGGAUUCUGUGUGUCAUUCUAAUUGUACAAGCUGUAGCGUCGCACCGUUUUCUGAUUACUUUGCAGAACACAGACAUAUCUGACUUCUUCGUCGGCAAAGACGACAGAAGUUUUGUAAGAUGCCAAUAUGUGGAGUUUUAUUUUUGACCCUUGAAAACUGUCCUCAAGCUUUUAUAUUCACAUAUUUAACCCAGUCACCAUUUGUUGCCAUUUUAGAUUUGUGCAAACCACAUUGGUAUGAGCUCACAACGCUAAAGCCAAAUUAGACGACAUGCCUAUCGGUCUUAUAGUUUUAACCACUUCUGGCACUUUUGAUAAUAACAAUUUCCUGGAUUAUAUUAGAUUUUGGGACAGUGAGUAGUCUGUAUUUAUAUUUAGGCACAACAAUCAUUUGGUUAGGGCUAGAAAAAGAUGCAGAAUUGGUCUAUACCUGCGGUCUUGGCCUCACCCAAGCCUCAGAUUCUUCAGAACAAAUGUUCUUGUCAUUUUUUAAGUUGCCACAAUAUUAAAUUCAAAUAUUUGCACAGAUUGUAAAAAUGUAAAUGUUCUCUAUUGUUUGCAGAAAAGUAAAAACAGCAUUGUGUGUUUUUGGGAGACCAGGCUGAGUGUGAGGUGAUGAAGGAUGGCAGUUCCAAAAAAAUUAUGUUUAUGUCUUGUUGGUCAACUGCACCUCUGCGUUACUACUGUUUCAGUUAUUUUGUUUGUAAGGUAAGAAAGGUCCAAGUCAUUUCUCACUGUUCAAUAAAAGAUAAAUUCAAA